AGAAUCUUUCGUCACUUUUGGACGGCCGAUUCUGAUUCUUCGAAGAAGAACGCUGAAUUAUUCCUUUUGCCAUUUUGCUCAAUAGGGUUCUGUACGAGAUUCGGAUCGUAGGUUUAUUAGAACUUAGAUCAUCGGAAGACGAAGAAGACAGCCAUGUCUAGGCAGGUUACGAGACUCCUCGGAUCUCUCUCGUCCAGAGUUCGCGGUUCCGGCGGCAGCUCAGAAGUGUGUCCGUCAUGCAGCUCUCUCACUUCGUUGACACCGUCUCGCUUCUUCGGGACGACUCCUCCGCCUCCUGCGGCCGUCUUUGUCGACAAAAACACCCGUGUUAUCUGCCAGGGUAUCACCGGAAAGAACGGGACCUUCCACACUGAACAAGCCAUCGAAUACGGCACCAAAAUGGUAGCAGGAGUGACACCGAAGAAGGGUGGAACAGAACAUUUGGGUCUCCCUGUUUUCAACACCGUUGCUGAAGCUAAGGCCGAGACUAGAGCCAAUGCCUCUGUGAUCUACGUUCCUGCGCCUUUCGCUGCUGCUGCUAUCAUGGAAGGUGUGGCUGCUGAGUUGGAUCUUGUUGUCUGCAUUACUGAAGGAAUUCCUCAGCAUGACAUGGUUCGUGUCAAGGCUGCUCUCAACAGUCAGUCAAAAACGAGGCUGAUUGGUCCUAACUGCCCUGGGAUUAUCAAACCUGGUGAAUGCAAGAUUGGGAUCAUGCCGGGAUACAUCCACAAGCCGGGGAAGAUAGGGAUCGUUUCUCGAUCUGGAACAUUGACAUAUGAAGCUGUUUUCCAAACUACUGCAGUAGGCCUGGGGCAAUCUACGUGUGUAGGAAUUGGUGGGGAUCCUUUUAACGGCACAAAUUUUGUUGACUGCUUGGAGAAGUUCUUUGUUGACCCUCAAACAGAAGGUAUCGUUCUCAUUGGAGAAAUCGGUGGUACUGCGGAAGAAGAUGCCGCUGCUCUGAUAAAGGAAAGCGGUACAGACAAGCCUGUAGUUGCGUUCAUUGCUGGACUUACUGCACCACCCGGGCGUAGAAUGGGUCAUGCUGGAGCCAUUGUCUCUGGUGGUAAGGGCACAGCUCAAGACAAGAUAAAGAGCCUUAGAGACGCGGGAGUUAAAGUGGUUGAGUCACCGGCUAAGAUUGGUGCGGCCAUGUUAGAACUUUUCCAAGAAAGAAAAUAGUUCUUUUGAAGUAGAAUAUGAAGAUCGAUCAGCAACAUUUCAUAGUCAAGUUUAGUUUUUAUGUUUCAUAAUGCAGAGGCAUCAGAGGCUUUUGCCAGGAUUCUGUGUAUUGUAUUUUUUCCAGGACUCAGUAUAGGUUCUUGCUAUUUUAAUUGAUUAGUACUUAUGCCAAUCCCAAUGUGCACAAAGCAUUUAGUGGUUAAAUGAACUUUGAACUUCAUAGUCAAAUUAAAAGCAAAACUAGAGAAUGGUUUUCCA